AGGUUCAAGGGCGCUGAUCGAAACUCUCUUUCCAUAAUUCUUUGUUCCGGCGCCAUGGCCAUUUCCGGUAAGUGCGGUCUGUUUAACAUGUAUGUUUUGAUAUUUUUGCUAGCUGUGGGUGUCCAUGCCGACUGUGAUGAGACGCAGCUCUUGCAGCAUCGCGGCAAAAAGCGCGGCGCAGGGCAGGUCUUGGCAUCCAUCGUGGACGCCUAUGAGAGCAAGAGGGGCCUGAUCAUCUCCGGCACGGGAAGCCCGCAGGACAUCCAUCCAGACCAUUCAGGUUCUAUUCUGCGUGCUGAUUUUCCGCCCAUGGUUGCGACAUAUGUCGGCUUGAUCUUUGACCCGUCCAGGCGCCCGAAGGUGCAAUGCGCCUUUGUUGUGGAUGGAGGUACGGAUCAUCGGAAGUCUCAGUCCGGCAGUUUUUGCGGCUGGACUUAUCCAGAAUUCAAAAACAUGAGCACGCGAUGUGACUUUCCUCCGGAGGAGUAUGCGCAGAGGUAUCAGCUCAAGCCCAAGGCUGAGCUGAAACAAUGGGGCGCCACAGCAGUUUUGGUUUGGGCCAUAACCCAAUCCUCGUGCAAUUUCGCAUCCAUUGAUGAAAUGCUUUUAGCUGAGGAGAUGUUCUGGAGGAUGGCCGGCGGUAUAUCCAAAGGCGAAUGGGACAAAUGGGGUCAGUCCCGGCUAGGAACUUGGUCGGGUCCCACGGGCUUCAAUGAGGUUGUUUUCGCCGAGGAGGUUUACGAGGUAUCCCAGGACUACAGCACAGACUGGGUUGCGAUCUAUUGGGCACACACUGGAGAUUUCAUCUCCGACUGGAGCCAGACAGAUGAGAGCACACGGAAGGGACCGUGUUGCAUUACCAUGAAUCGAAAAGGUCAAUGGUGUGACUUGGACACAGCGCAACCUGUGAUCGAAAUUGCCAACAUGGACUUUGUCGGAUGGGGUGCCCAAUACGACUACGUGGGUUUGUCAGCCUACGCCCAAAGAGCGUUUGCUGAUGGAAACAAUGGCCACAGCAAGGAGGGCUACAGAGGCUUAGAGAAUUUCCGCAUUGUUCCCAAAACGGAAUUGUGUGCUUUGGACUGCUCUUCCUGGAAUGCGACCACUUGUGAUGGGUGGGAUUGAGAUGACUUCGCCGGCAUGUUUCGAUGUUUCGACCGCAUGCCUGGUGUUUCGACAAGUGCAUACGGGCGACAAAGGGUGGCCCGGCUUUUCGUGUCCUCCUGGUGUGAUCCAGGUCAGCCAAAUGGAGCUCGGCAAAUGAUCGAGUGCGGGGCCAUGACUUAAGGCAGGGUUGAAUCGGC